UCCUAAUACACACUGUCGAAAUCCCCGCGGCUCCCAAUAUGGCCUGUAUGAACUGUAAUCGGCCAACCUCGUCUCUUUCCGUAACAGCUGCAGAAAUGACCGCUCGUCAUUCGUGACCAACUCGUGUUAUUCCGGGACAAGCAAGUCUACCCAUAAUUCCCUGUAUGGCCGAGGGCGCCAUUUUGGAACACAAAUGUAAACAAACACUCAAACCUCGUGUAAUCGAUGUACACCAUGAUUGCGAUAUGCUUACCUCGUGUAUCGAUACAUUGUUCUCAGUCACCUCUAACACGGAAAUCCCGGUCGAAAUCCACAACGAGGACGUCAAGUAAACUCGAUUGACAGCCGAAGGAGGAGCAGCUUGCGGAUGCCAGAGGAUGCUAAGGUUAUGAGGACAAACACUUCACAACAGCGCUCGUCAUUCUCACGUUUUGCUAAAGCACAACAAACAGGUAGAAAGUUUCAAAAAUCAUGCCCACUGUGUAAAGCUGCAGGACGCAGCGAUCACGUUCAUUAUCUCAGCGAGUGCAAGUCCCUUCCAGAUCAUGACCGGAGAUACAUGGUCAAAGCAAGACAAAUUGCCAGUAUACUUGAUGACCCUGCUGACGAUGCUAGUGAUACAGUUGAAAAUGCGUGUGCAGUGCCAUCUACUGAACCUGUCUCCACUCUUCGUGUGCAAGUCCGUCAGUCGCCCUAUAUGUACUGUUUCUGUGGCCACCAGACGGCACGAGUCACUGUAGAUAGUGGAGCUACUGGUAACAUGAUCCGCCUCUCAACAGCAACAGGCUUCGGCGCUGACAUCAAGACUAGCUCUCAGUCAGCCCAUCAGGCAGAUGGCUCUUCCCCACUGAAGGUCGUUGGAGAGACAAGAAUCCUUUUCACACGCGACAACAAGGAGUUCGAUUUUAAUGGUCUUGUGGUGGAAAACCUGGAUGUAGAAGUCCUUGCAGGCAUACCAUUUAUGGAGGCCAACGAUGUGGCAGUACGCCCUGCAAAACAUCAGAUCAUACUUGGUGAUGGCACGACAUACACAUACGGUUCCACAGAAACAACUGGUGACGAACAUACUGUGAGACGAGCUUGUGUACUCAGAGCCCCAGACACUUCUACUACCAUAUGGCCUGGAGACUUUAUUGAGGUGCCGGUUCCUGAAAGCUUUGCUCCUUCGGAUUUCACAUUUGCCAUAGAACCCCGCAUAGAUACCAGACCUGGACGCUCUACCUUAUCAUCCACUUGGCCAGAAUUAGGAAUUAUCUCAAGCGUCUCAGGCAAAAUCAGGAUCCCGAAUCUGUCCGACACUCCACAACUGCUCAAGAAACACAAGCACUUUUGCCAGAUUCGCCCAGUUUUUAUACCUGACUGCGACCCUGAUUAUGAUGUUGAGCCGGCACAUCUGCUACCACCAACUAUGUCCCCUCAAAUUAAGGACAUUGGUUUCUCAUCCACUGUUUGUGUAGACCCAGACAAUAUCCUCCCGCAAGAUACCAAAUCUCAGUUUGAGUUACUACUUACAGAGUUAGACGAUGUGUUUAACCAACAUAUCGAUGGCUAUAAUGGUGCUUCAGGCCCCUUUCAAGCAUUUGUUAACAUGGGACCUGUACAACCUCCACAACGGAAGGGUCGUGUCCCGCAAUACUCACGAGAUAAACUUUCUGAGCUCCAACAAAAGUUCGAUGAACUUGAGCGGAUGGGUGUAUUUGUACGACCUGAAGAUGCAGGUAUCCAAGUAGAAUACCUCAACCCUUCUUUCCUAAUCAAGAAGUCCAGUGGUGGUUACAGAUUGGUGACCGCCUUCUCUGAUGUAGGACGAUACAGUAAGCCACAACCUUCCCUCAUGCCUGAUGUCGAUUCUACUCUAAGACAGAUUGCCAAGUGGAAGUACAUUAUAACCACAGAUUUAACCAACGCCUUUUAUCAGAUUCCUCUGUCCAAGGAGUCGAUGAAAUACUGCGGUGUAGUGACCCCGUUCCGUGGUGUGAGAGUAUAUGCCAGGUCUGCAAUGGGAAUGCCGGGGUCUGAAACUGCAUUGGAGGAGCUCAUGUGCCGCGUACUAGGGGAUCUUUUAGAGGAAGGGGUGAUUGCUAAGCUUGCUGACGACCUUCAUUGUGGUGCUGAUAGCCCGGAUGAGUUACUUCGUCAUUGGAGACGCGUACUUGAAGCGCUCAAACACAACAAUCUCAGAUUAUCUCCUAACAAGACAGUCAUUGCUCCCAGGACAACAACCAUCCUAGGAUGGCAAUGGCACCAAGGAUCCAUUCAGGCAAGUCAACACCGCAUAUCAACUCUGGCUUCUUGUUCACCUCCGGAAACAGUGACUGGCUUACGGUCAUUUAUAGGAGCUUACAAGGUCUUGUCCCGUGUAAUACCUGGUUGUUCCACACUCCUUGCCCCACUUGAUGCUGAAGUAGGCGGUCGCCAGUCUAGUGAAAAGCUUCUGUGGUCUGAUUCUUUGCUCGAUGCCUUCAAAACAGCACAGACUGCUCUCGCAUCCAACAAAUCCAUAGUACUGCCCCACCCCGAUGACCAACUCUGGAUUGUAACUGAUGGUGCUGUUAGGAAGCCAGGAAUUGGAGCAACACUUUAUGUAACACGUAGUGACUCGCCACGACUAGCAGGAUUCUUCAGUGCCAAGCUUCGGCGACAACAGGUCGCAUGGUUACCAUGUGAAGUGGAAGCCCUUUCAAUUGCUAUCGCUACAAAGCAUUUCAGUCCUUUCAUUAUCCAGUCAAAACACAAAGCAUGUGUCCUUACCGACAGUAGACCAUGUGUUUUGGCAUUUGAGAAGUUAUGCCGUGGGGAGUUCUCUGCUAGUCCUCGGGUGUCUACCUUCUUAUCGACAGUUAGCCGCUACCAAGCAACGAUACAACACCUCGCUGGUUCUGAAAAUGUGCCAUCCGAUUUUGCAAGCAGAAAUGCACCAGAAUGUGACAAUCCCUCUUGCCAAAUCUGCUCCUUCAUUGAGCGCACAGAAAGCUCUGUUGUUCGACAACUGUCUAUAGAGGACAUCAUGAAUGGAACAACCCGCCUUCCUUUCACAAGCAGGUCUGCUUGGCGUUCCUUGCAAGAGGAGUGCCAGGAUCUUCGACGAACACAUGCUCAUCUUCUCCAAGGUACCCGACCAUCCAAGAAGAUAACAAACAUCAGGGAUGUCAAACGAUACCUAAAUACAGCAACCAUCUCCAAGGAUGGAUUGCUAGUUGUCCGAAAAUCUGAGUCACUCGGUUCACCAAGAGAGUGCAUUGUUGUUCCAAGACAAGUAUUAGACGGAGUCCUGACUGCCCUACACAUACAACUGGAUCAUCCAUCUGCACACCAACUCAAGCAAGUAUGCCAUAGAUACUUCUUUGCUUUGGACCUUGACAGAUCCAUAAACACUGUCUCAAAAUCUUGUCACCGGUGGGCCUCCUUGCGUAAGACACCUCAUGUUGUUGUGGACCAAAGCACCAGUGAUCCACCUGAAACUGUUGGGUUUGCAUUUGCGUCAGAUGUUAUGCGCAGGGAACGACAACUAAUCCUCGUUCUACGUGAAUGUGUCACAUCCUACACUGCGGCGUGCAUCAUUACCGAUGAGCGUGGCUCCACCCUGUGUGAGGCAUUGAUUCGUCUUUGCAUUGAAUUCCGUCCACUUGAUGGCCCUCACGCUGUUAUCCGCACUGACCCAGCCCCAGGCUUUAGCAGUCUAGUCACGGAUGAACGUCUCCAGCAACAUAGAAUUACCCUAGAAAUAGGCAGAGUGAAGAAUGUGAACAAGAACCUAGUUGCUGAAAAGGCCAUACAAGAAUUAGAGGAUGAGCUUGUGCGCCAAGACCCUGUACGGGGCCCCACUACACCAACAGCUCUUGCAAUCGCUGUCGCCCGCCUAAACACACGCAUUCGUUCACGAGGUUUGUCUUCUCGAGAGAUGUGGACCCAGAGAGACCAAUUCACAAACUGUCAGUUGCCUCUGUCCGACAAGCAGUUGAUAACAGAGCAACAUGUUAAUCGCCAAAAAAAAACACAGUCACAGUGAAAAAUCCAAGGCUCCUCGGAGUCAUCGACCUGUUAUUGAUCAAAUUGAGAUAGGCGACCUGGUGUACCUUCAUAACGAUCGCAAUAAAACAUGUGCACGGAAUCGUUACCUAGUAGUCACCAAAGAUGGCCUCUGGUGCAAUGUCCGCAAGUUCGUUGGGACCCAACUGCGGAACACUUCAUACAGAGUUAAGCUCUCAGAAUGUUUUAAAGUCCCCCUUUGGAACAAGACACGUGUGCAUGAAGCGAACAGUGAGGACACAUCUGACAUCGAUGAUGACCCACCUGAGACACUUCACCAGACACCGGAGACUCCGCACAUUCCUCUAGAAAUUUCUACUCCUCCUCUGCCACCGCUUAAGAAUGACGUGUUUGAUGACAAUCAUCCGACAACCGACAUCAGUUCUGCGUCGGAUCAAUCU